AUGGAACAAAGUGAGAGUGACCUCUGUGGUGGACAAGUUGAGAGAAGGAAGACUGAGAUGGUUUGGGAACGUGAAGAGGAGAUGUGUAGAUGCCCCAAUGAGGAGGUAACAUAUUUGAGAGAAAGGACUGUAUAUGUAGCUGUUCUUGUAGAGAGUCCAAGAAGAAGGAGAAGCAAUUCAACAAACAACAAAUUUCAUCACUAUCAACAUCAACAUCUUCAUGUUAGACAUGUUGCAAAUGGUGGAGGAUACAAUAGAAAAGCUCAACUUCUUGAAUACUCAAGAAAUCUUCGAGCUUCGAAUCAUCAAUCAAAGCCAUCAACACCAUUAGUUCCACAGCAAGUCCAAAGACAGAAUUCUCAGAUUGUUGCAGUGAAAAACAAGCCAAAAUAUGUAAGUGUACCAGCUUGUAUGGGGAACUGGAAAUUUGUAAUGCCAAGGUUCCUCAGGUCAUUCAUGACUCAGAAUAAGAAAUCCAAGAAGAAGAAAAAUAUGGCUUCUAAAACCAAUAAAAUAAAAGCCAUGGUGAAAAGUUUUCAGGUUCAAAGAAAGCCUGGCCUAUUCUCCAAAAUUUUUGCUACACUACGGAAGAGUCAUCGAUGAAUAAACGAUCACACCUGAGUCCAAGAAUCAAGGCAUUCGAAGGUUCAUUGAUUAACAAACUGAAGAGUGAUAAUUGCUAUCAAAUCUUACUUUCAUGUCUCCUUUGAUCACUUCAUUUUACUUCUUUUACUUUCCCCUAUUUAUUGGAGCUUAGAAGAAGGUUACCUGAAUGAUUUUCUCUUAUUUAGGUAAACUGCAUUACAGUCUGA